AUGAAUUCGAGGGAUUGGGUGGUACUUUCAGCUGCUGCAGCGUUGGGCGCAUUGGCAUCUUCCUCUGCUGUAUCAUUUUACUUCUUCUUCGCCGCCAAAAGAAACCGCUCAGCUUUCUUUUGUUCCUCCGCCGGCCGCAGCCGCCGCAGGAGCAGCAGCCACAACGCCGUCACAUUUGGCUCCCAUUCGAAUUCGUUAUCUAAUGGGUUCGCCGAGAAUGAGGAGAAUAAGUCCCAGCCUCGAGACCCUUUUGAUCCGUCCAAACGGAAAGGAUAUUUGUCAUGGGAUGACUAUUUUAUGGCAAUUGCAUUUCUUUCUGCUCAGAGGUCUAAGGAUCCUAAUAGGCAGGUUGGUGCAUGCUUGGUUAGUCAGAACGAUGUCAUUCUAGGCAUUGGGUAUAAUGGAUUUCCACGCGGCUGUUCAGAUGACAAGCUUCCUUGGUCAAAGAAAUCAAAGAGUGGAAAUCCCUUAGAGACAAAAUAUCCUUAUGUUUGUCAUGCUGAACUGAAUGCUAUUCUCAACACAAAUCAUGCAUCUGCAGAAGGACAGAGGCUUUAUGUGACAAUGUUUCCUUGCAACGAAUGUGCAAAGAUGAUCAUUCAGGCAGGUGUUUCAGAGGUUAUCUAUUUUGUGGAGAAGAGGUUGGACAAUUCUCAAACGGCCUAUGUUGCUUCGCAUAAACUUUUAUCAAUGGCUGGUGUAAAAGUGAGAAGACAUGAGCCUCAGAUGAAUCAAAUUUUAAUCAAGUUUGAGGAGCUCUAG